AUGUAUUGCAAACAUUGUGGCAAAGAGUUCAAAGAGAAGCCUAACUUCUGCAGUGAAUGUGGGAAAAGGCUGCAGGAAGACGGUGGCGACGCUCACGCGCAACCUUCAAGGACCUUUCUAGAGUACCGAAAGAGAAAAGCGGAAGAGAGGCAAAACUUUUCAUGUGGGAAAAUGAAAUCAAAGAAAAUAUGUAAAGUCCAGAUAAAUAUUGGUUUGAUGACCAUUGGGAAGGGUGGUGUCCUCAAGCCAAAGCGUGGGAAAACUAUUUCCCUUUCUACACAUCCUGACAUCACUGCCCUAGAUCUGCUUAAUGAGGCAGUGAGGAAAAUGAGGGACUUCAACAAAGACCUGGAUGGAGGACCUUUCCUCCUUCUUUAUCCAGAUGGCUCUGAAGUUAUUAAUAUCCCUGGGACACAAAGACCAUUUACUCUAAAAGCAUACAAGGAAGAAAUUGGCAAGUCAUAUCAGCGGGUCAUCAUUUUUAUCUGCCAGAAAAAAGACUUUGAGAAAGUUGGAGAAUAUCCAGACACAUCUGACUCCGACCCUGAGAUUGUGAUAAAAACAACAUCAAGAGAUUUUGAUCUAGCUGAGACACUGCCAUUUGAACCUCACCACAAAAGCAGUCCUAAAAAUCUGAGUGAACCCACAACUGUGCAGGCCUCUGAAAUAAUUGCAAAUUUGGCACUUGCAAUUGACCACAAGAAAGUCAGCAGGUUCAAUAUAUCCAGAUCUGAUGUAUGGGAUGGAGCUGUAAGAGGCUUUCGACGCAGCUCAUACUCCGAAAAAAGUGAGAUCUUUGUGAAGUUCACAGAUGAUGCAGGGUCUUUAGAAGAAGGGUUGGACACAGGUGGGCCGAGGCGAGAAUUCCUCACACUUCUAAUGGAUCACCUGAGAAAUCGUCCCAUCUUCGAUGGACCUCAAGAAAGACGCUAUCUUGUGUACAAUCCCACAGGUAUUGGCACCGACCCCCGAGGGUGUGUUUCACACCUGGGGCAUCCUGCAGGGUUUUGUGUCUAG